AAAGGAAAAAGUUAAUUAAUAAAAUCACGAGUAGCAAAGAGGUAAUCGGAGAGAUUGGUGUUUCUCUCAGUCGAGCAGAUGGCAGGCCAUAUUACAAGGUCAAGAAGGCUAGCAACGUUGCAGCUGGAACAAUCAAGGGCUAAGUGGACAGCAUCACUCACUAAGACACUUGCAGACCUGAUGGUUGACCAAGUACACAAAGGGAAUAAACAAAACAAUUCAUUCAAUAAGAAAGCAUGGAAAUAUAUUUGUGAUGGAUUUUACAACAAAACAGGUCUGAAAUGGGAUAAGGAACAACUCAAAAAUCGACAUUCAGUGUUGAGGAGGCAGUAUGCUACUGUGAAGUCCAUUCUUGAUCAAGGGGACUUUAUUUGGGAUGAAGUCACAGGAUUUAUAAGGGCGGAUGAUGAAAUUUGGGAAGAAUACAUCAAGAACCAUCCGGAUGCCGAGACUGUAAAAAGUGGCGGCUGCCCAAUCUUUAAUGAGCUAUGUACAAUAUUCGCUGAGCCAGCAACCAAUGGAAAGCAUGAAUAUUUAGCUGCAUCUGACGGGGAACAUACACCUACCGCUCCUUGUCCAGAGUUCUUGAGCACACAUCAGGAGGAGGAGUCAUCUGAAACUGAGGACGAUGAAGAUGGAAAUGACCCUCAAACAGUUCAACCUACAGCAACUUAUAGCAGUCGGAAAAGAGGACGUAAAGGAGUUGAUAAUGCUAUUGCAGACGCUAUAUUGGAGAUGGCAUCUGCUUCAAAGAUGAGGGCAGCUGCCAUAGAACAACUUAACUCUAAAUACAGCGUAGCUGACUGUAUUAAGUACUUAGAUUUGAUGCAAGAUGUUGAUCAACAACUAUAUUUUUCUGCUCUAGAUCUUUUCAAUAAUCCCAAUGCUAGGGAGGUAUUUUUGUCUCUAAAAGAGGAUAAACGAUUAACUUGGUUGCACCGCAGGUGUGCUGUUGUAUACAAUAGAUAGGUGAAAAAUAUAUGAAAAUAUAUUCUUUCAAUUGUGAUAUCAAAGUUGAAGGAUUUUUCAGUUUUCGGAAGAUUUUAGCUAUCUCUUCGUUAGCCGGAGAGGAUUUGAAAGCUGAACAGUCUGCCAAAUACACAGGCAAGUGUCAUGAGUUUGGUAGUUACCAUUCUCCAUGGAAAUGCUUGAAUAUUCUUCAUUAAGGUGAUGUUUGAAAGAGUUUAUAUAUGUUUUGUAUCAGUGUUUGAAUAUAGUCAUAAAAAAUAACUCGUGUCUAUAAA